AUGAUGCUUAGUGUACUUGUGCUUGAGUACAAGCGAUACGAAGGCCCCGAAAACGUUACGUUGACGAAGAAGACUAUCGAGGACGCGGACAACUACGUGACGUUAGAAACGCCUAAGACUGAAGUAAACCAGAUGAUCUUUCCGAACAGGUCAACUGUGCUUGAUGUCAGCGAAAAGGAGAAGAAUUUCGUCCCGGUAACGCUUGCUUUCCAGGAUUUACGGUAUUCAGUGAAAUCGCCGUCCAACCCCAAUGAGUCGCUAGACUUGCUGAAAGGCAUCAGUGGGUUUGCUUUGCCAGGCACCAUCACUGCACUUAUGGGCUCUUCUGGUGCUGGAAAAACGACACUGAUGGACGUGAUUGCCGGUCGGAAGACGGAAGGGACCAUCAACGGCAAGAUCCUGCUUAACGGCUACGAAGCUACAGACCUGGCUAUUCGACGAUCAACGGGUUACUGCGAGCAAAUGGACAUUCAUUCCGAAGCCGCUACGUUCCGAGAAGCUCUCACAUUCAGCUCAUUCCUUCGUCAAGACAGCAGCGUUCCUGACAGCAAGAAAUACGACUCGGUGAACGAGUGUCUGGACCUCUUGGAUAUGCACAACAUCGCCGACCAAAUAAUUCGAGGCAGCUCUGUGGAGCAAAUGAAGCGCUUGACGAUCGGAGUUGAGCUGGCUGCACAACCGAGUGUGAUUUUCCUGGACGAGCCGACGAGUGGCUUGGAUGCUCGCUCAGCCAAAAUGAUCAUGGAUGGCGUUCGUAAGGUGGCUGACAGCGGCCGUACUAUCGUGUGUACGAUCCACCAGCCGUCUACCGAAGUGUUUCUCUUGUUUGACAGUUUGUUGCUGCUUAAACGCGGUGGCGAGACGGUUUUCUUCGGUGAUCUUGGUGAGAAUUGCCAGCAUUUGAUCGACUACUUUGGAGGUAUUCCUGGACCCCCGGAACUGCUGGAGGGCUACAAUCCCGCUACUUGGAUGCUUGAGUGUAUCGGAGCUGGUGUUGGCAAGGCCUCCAGCAACGACAUCGACUUCGUUCACUAUUUCAAUGAGAGCGAAGAGAAGCGGGUUUUGGAUUUGAAUAUGAACAAGGAAGGAGUGACUUUCCCGUCACCCCAUACCAAGGAGAUGACUUUCGACCGCAAACGCGCUUCAUCAUCCUGGACCCAAGCUCGCUUUCUCGUACUGCGCUUCAUGCGCAUGUACUGGCGCACUCCUUCGUACAAUAUCACGCGGUGCAUCAUCGCUUUACUCUUGAGUCUUUUGGCCGGACUGGUUUUUGUCGAUUCCGAGUACACAAGCUACCAAGGACUUAACAGCGGUGUGGGAAUGUUGUUCUUAAUGUCUCUGUUCAACGGCCUUGUGUCAUUCAGCAGCGUGCUCCCCAUUGCCAGUGAAGAUCGCGCAUCAUUCUAUCGUGAACGCGCCUCUCAGAGUUACAACGCGCUCUGGUACUUCGUGGGCUCUACAAUUGUCGAGAUUCGGUACAGUUUCGUCGCCGGUCUGCUCUUCACCGUUGUGUUCUUCCCGAUGGUGGGCUUUACGGGCUUUGGUACGGCUGUUCUCUUCUGGAUCAAUAUGUCACUCUUCAUGCUCAUGCAGACGUACAUGGGGCAGUUCUUCUCCUAUGCCAUGCCAAACAUCGAAGUCGCUGACGUGCUCGGGAUGCUCGUCAACUCCAUCUACAUCUUGUUCAUGGGAUUUAAUCCACCGGCGAACGAGAUUCCGAGCGGCUACAAGUGGUUGUACGACAUUACCCCUCACAAAUACUCAAUCGGCAAUUUAGCUGCUCUGGUGUUUGCCGAUUGCGACGACGUCCCGAUGUGGAACAACGAGACGCAGCACUGGGUUGUCAGCCGAUAUCGAACACCCCACUGA